AUGUGCAUAUUGUUUGUGGAAAGCGACGACGAUGAGGAGCUGCUCUUCAACAUCCCGUUUACGGGUAACGUGAAAUUAAAAGGAAUAAUUGUGAUGGGAGAAGAUGAUGGUACACAUCCAGCAGAGAUGAGACUGUUCAAGAACAUUCCUCACAUGUCCUUUGAUGAUGCAGCCAGGGAACCAGAUCAGAUGUUCAGCCUGAACCGGGAUCUCACGGGAGAGCUGGAGUACCCCACCAAAAUUGCCCGUUUCUCAAAUGUUUACCAUCUCUCGAUGCACUUUCCGAAGAACUUUGGAGCUGAGACAACAAAGAUUUUCUAUAUAGGCCUAAAAGGAGAGUGGACAGAGGCUCAUCGCCAUGAAGUGACCAUCUGCAACUAUGAAGCAUCAGCAAACCCAGCUGAUCACAAGUUGGAACAGAUCACCCCACAGACUCACUUCAUUUCCUAACAGUGCUGUUGGGAAUAUCACGAAGGCUCUGGUAUAAGUACAUGGAAUUGAUGGGACUGGCUUGGAAGGAAAUGGAUUCCUGAAGCACUGGAGAGUGGUGCAAUAGCUUUACUUUUUGGUCUUUGCCUUGGAAAGCAGAGUGCCAAACGUGUGAAUGCCUGUACGAAGCUGGUGAUUGCUAAGGGCAAUGGCUUGUUGGGUCCUCCAGAACGUAGCAGAUCUGGCCUCGUAGCGGAGGAGACGUGUUCCUUAGGCAGUGGCAAACCAAUGUCCGAUGUUGUUUACUUCUCUUAACGGCCAAUAAAAUGUAUUCUGAGGUUUAGAA